AUGGUCGAUUCAGUGGUAACUUCAACUGGCCCAACUGAAAGCAACAAAAUGUUAGCAUCAAAUUCACUGGGUAUUACCAGUUUGUUAACAUUUAUCAUCCUUGUGUUAGCGUGGCUUGUUGGUUUUGCUUCACGAUUAUUUGCUGUUAUACGAUUUGAAUCCAUCAUUCAUGAAUUCGACCCAUGGUUUAACUAUCGGUCAACACAUUAUAUGGUUGAACAUGGCUUUUAUAAUUUCUUAAACUGGUUCGAUGAGCGGGCAUGGUAUCCACUUGGACGAAUUGUUGGUGGCACAGUUUAUCCUGGACUCAUGGUAACUUCAGGAACAAUACAUUACAUUUUGUCAGCUUUAAAUAUUUCUGUACAUAUCAGAGAUGUUUGUGUUUUCCUCGCUCCAACGUUUAGUGGUCUUACGGCAAUAGCUACAUAUCUUUUAACGAAAGAACUUUGGACUCCUGGUGCUGGUCUGUUUGCAGCAUGCUUCAUCGCUAUUUCGCCUGGUUAUACUAGUCGUUCGGUUGCUGGUUCCUACGACAACGAAGCAAUUGCAAUUUUUGCAUUGCAGUUUACUUAUUUCUUAUGGGUACGUUCUGUGAAAACUGGUUCCGUGUUUUGGGCAACGUUAACUGCGUUAUCAUAUUUCUAUAUGGUCUCAGCUUGGGGAGGUUAUUUGUUCAUCAUAAAUUUGAUCCCAUUACAUGUUCUCACCCUCAUAUUAAUUGGCCGGUAUUGUUCUAAGCUUUACAUUGCAUAUACCACUUUCUAUGUUUUGGGACAAAUAAUGGCAAUGCAAGUACCAUUUGUUGGCUUCCAGCCUGUAAAAACAUCUGAACAUAUGGCUGCUGCUGGUAUCUUCGGCUUGUUACAGGUUAUUGCCGCACUAAAAUAUAUGCAACAUCGAGUUUCGAGGAAGGAAUUUAUAACUUUAUUUUUCGGUGGAGUUUCAUUAGUAUUUGUAUUAGGAAUUUCUACGAUUGUUCUCCUAACAUAUGCUGGCUACAUAGCACCAUGGUCGGGACGUUUUUAUUCACUAUGGGAUACGGGUUAUGCUAAAAUUCAUAUACCAAUUAUUGCAUCUGUUUCGGAACAUCAGCCCACUACUUGGGUUUCAUUCUUUUUCGACUUGCACAUCACAGCUGCUGUUUUUCCGGUGGGUUUGUGGUACUGUGUUAAAAAUGUUAAUGAUGAGCGAGUUUUCGUAAUACUUUAUGCAGUAACGGCUGUUUAUUUUGCUGGUGUAAUGGUUCGUUUAAUGCUUACGCUUACUCCAGUUGUUUGCAUACUUUCUGGAAUAGCCUUCUCUUAUACAUAUGAAAGGUAUCUGGUCGACGAGGGUGAUCAAUCAAAAAGUGUUAAUAAUGAAGAAGAAAACAAGCAUUUAUAUGAUAAAGUCGGAAAAGGCCGGAAAGGUGGUUCAUGGACGAAUCAGGCAGCACCGGAGAAUGGUGAAAUGUCAAUUGGGAUGAAUGCGCGAUCUAUCGUUUCAGUAGUACUCGUUUUAAUGCUGCUAAUGUUUGUUGUCCAUUGUACAUAUGUUACAAGCAAUGCAUACUCUCAUCCAUCUGUUGUCUUACAAUCACAUAAUUCUAAGGGAGGUCGCGAAAUAAUGGAUGAUUUUCGUGAAGCUUAUUAUUGGUUACGAAAAAAUACCGCGGAGAAUGCUCGUGUGAUGAGCUGGUGGGAUUAUGGUUAUCAGAUAGCUGGUAUGGCAAAUCGUACUACUUUAGUGGACAACAAUACAUGGAAUAACUCACAUAUAGCUCUAGUUGGAAAAGCUAUGGCAUCAAAUGAGUCAUCAGCGUAUGAAAUUAUGCGCGCACUAGAUGUUGACUAUGUUCUGGUUAUUUUUGGAGGCGUCAUUGGUUAUUCGGGUGAUGAUAUUAAUAAAUUUCUGUGGAUGGUACGAAUAGCUGAAGGUGAACAUCCAAAAGAAAUACAUGAAGCAAAUUAUUUCACCGAAUCGGGUGAUUACAGCGUUGGAGCAGAAGCUUCCGAAACAAUGCUAAGUUCUGUAAUGUACAAAAUAAGUUAUUAUCGUUUCGGAGACUUUGAAAUGAGUUAUCGAAAACCAGCAGGUUUUGAUAGAACCCGUGGUUAUGUAAUUGGUCGAAAAAAUGUUGUACUGGAACACUUGGAAGAAGCUUAUACGUCACAAAACUGGCUUGUAAGAAUUUACAAAGUGCUGAAGCAAAAGAACAGACCGGUGAUUCCAAAGAAGAACAGGCGAAAACAGCCAGCGUUACAUUCCUAUUCGAAAAAAGAUAAGUCAAAGAAAGGAAUCGUGCAAGGAAAACCAAUAGUAGUGAAGGGACAUCGACCGCCGAAGCGUGCUUAA